CAUGAAGAUGUCGACAUCAUCAAACAAGGUCUUUAUAGUUUUAGGUCAAAAUAAAACAUUUUAUGAAGGAGACCAGCAUUUUUUGUUUGUUUAACCCAGUGCCCUUUACAGGAAUUUGAGUACAACCUUUAAGUUCUCUUGCAUGAUGAGUAGGCGUAGCCGUAGAAUGAUGGAUCAAUCCAGGAUAUUUGGAACCCCUCCAGAACCUGUGUUCAACAUGAAAGGGUGCUGUUUAUCACCCAACCUUCUAGAGGAGCUGCUUUUCACUCAAGCUGCAUCCAACGAAAGACAGACGCAGAAAGCUACAGCAGAGCAGGGUAUCUUCAAAUGUGGCUCUUUAGUUGAAUGUGUAUUCAUUAUCUGCGAGAAGACGAAACAACCACCGGAAACCAGAUAUAUUGCUGCAGAAUUGUUUGACAGAUUUAUGAGAGCCCAUAUACCCAACCUCAAAGAGAAAGUGAGGGAGAGCCAUAUGGCACCCAAACAGCGCAACAUAUCAUUACAGAAUGAGUGGAAACACACCCUACGUAAACUAUGUAAACAUUUGCUACCCUUCAUGGUCUCCUGUGUUCAGAUUGCUUCCAAGUUGUGUUCACACUACAAUAUUGUUACUUGUCGUCGCUGUGCUGAGCUGUUGCAAGAUAAAGGACACCGCUAUCAGCCAUGUAAAGUCUUAACUUUUGAGCUGUUAGUAAUGAAGACACUGAAUUACAAUCUUCACGUGGCAAGUCCCCUGAGUUACGUCGAGACUUUGCUGGAAAUAAUGGGUCACAAUGAUCCAGAUACUCCUGUCAAAGUUCUCCAUGAGACUUGCCUGAAGGUUUUAGAUGUAGUAUACAUCAAGAGAAAGCUAGUCUAUGAAAGGCUACUACAGCUUGCAGUUGGAGAUAGUCCUGUCAAUCCCCAAACAAGAUCAAAAUUUGCUCCAGUUGAAAAUGAUGUGAUGCUUUUAGCAACAGCCACAAUAGGAGCUGCAGCUUACUUCACAGACACCAAUUCACUGCAAAUGAUCUGUGAUCAUCUAGCUAGGAUAACUCGCAUCCCAAUCGAUGACAUCACAGACUUCUCAUCUACAAUCAUCUCCGUUAUACUUCAUUGAAGAUGUAAGAGGACUGUUGUAAUUGGGUUGUGAGCACUGAAUUAUAUUUUGUCUUCUUAAGUAUCACAUUCUAGAAAUGUGCCAUAUUUAUUGUCUACUCAGUGCCAAACUUUUCAUAGAUGACAGUGUGUUUCAUAUUUUGUGAUAAGAAAAGGUAUAUUUUGUUUUAACAUGGUCAAGAGGAUGGUUCUAUGAUUAGAACAUUCUUUCUGAUUGCCUUUCUUAGGUAAAGGUAUGAAAAUAGCUCUGCACCAGUCUUUGGGCCAUUCUCAAUUCUCCCAUAUCUU